AUGCGUCAUGAUAUGCCAGAAAUUGGAAUCAAUACCGAGGAUACGGCAAUCGGGAUCAAACAGUCAGAAUACAACAAAAUCGCCAAAAUGUUGCCGAUUUUAAUUUACCUUGUCGCUUUGUCAGGAGUAAAUUGUGAACCAGAAACAGUGAGGGAUAAUUUCGAUUACUUCAGCUAUGGAAACAGUGACGAUUUACUCAAGAGUUUGGAUUUGCAUAUGCCAAAAGAUGAAAUAGUACUCCGACCUCAAGAGGUGAAGGAUUGGCCUCAGCAAUCCCUAAAUGUUGGUCAAAUAACUGCAGUAUCUAUCAAUUCCUUGGGGCAGCCAGUUAUUUUCCAUCGAGCCGAAAGGAUUUGGGACGAGAACACUUUCAAUGAAUCCAACGCCUACCAGAAUCUUGAAAAAGGACCAAUAAUUGAAGAUACCAUAUUAGUAUUGGAUCCUCAUACGGGCUCAGUUCUUCACAGUUGGGGAGCAUAUGCUUUCUACAUGCCACACGGUCUUACGGUGGAUCAUCAUGACAAUGUUUGGGUCACUGACGUGGCAAAACAUCAAGUAUUCAAGUACACUCCAACCAACCACAAGUACCCAAGCUUAACAAUCGGGGAAGCGUUUACAGCUGGAUAUCCUUACAGACGUAGAGUCUUACUCUGUAUGCCCACGUCGGUUGCUAUUGCCACUACUGGAGAGAUUUUCGUCGCAGAUGGCUAUUGUAAUAAUCAGAUCCUCAAAUUUAAUGCAGCAGGUACCUUGCUGAUGGCUAUUCCUUCGUACAGCGACACCUUAACUCUGAAUUUGCCUCACUCUGUGACUUUGCUAGAACAUUUGGAUAAUGUAUGUGUCGCUGAUAGAGAAAACAUGAGGAUUGUAUGCGCCAAAGCUGGUCUUAAGAGCUAUGUGAAGAUGCUAGAGCCAGCUACCGUUAUCGAAGAUCCGACUUUAGGGCGAGUAUUUGCUGUGGCUUCUCACGGAGACACGAUUUACGCUGUAAAUGGUCCGACGUCCCAGAAUAUUGCAGUCAGAGGUUUUACGGUCAACGCUUUGUAUGGAAAUAUUGUAGACACGUGGGAGCCAAGCACUGGCUUUACCAACCCGCAUUCUCUGGCAGUGACAAGGAACGGUUCUCAUCUCUAUGUCACCGAGAUUGGACCCAACAAAAUCUGGAAAUUCGAGCUAACCGACGUAUACGACAAGAAAUAGAUUCAAUUAGCACUUACACCUUAAGCUGAUAUUAAUAUCUGCAGUAAAACCACGAUGAUACUCAAGUUAAUUAAUUAUUUAGACCACUAGAUAAUGUUCAAGUGUUCUAAAUACACUGUGUUUAGUUUAAAACCAAUAAUAUUUAGUCUAUCUUUUUCUAUAUUGUUGGCCUAAUUUAGGUUGGAAAAUUAUGGCUCUCUUGUAAAAUUACAUCUGCCUAUUUCGUUGAGGAAUUAAUUAUAAUUAAUAAUAUUGACAUACCUUCACGAUUGUAUUCCAAAGCCGUAAAGUAGCGCUCUUCAGCACCAACAACAUUUUGAAUCAUUACCAUCCAUGGUGAAUGGUUGUUAAUCAAGGUUUUAUUGUAGGUACUUAAAUCAAUUAGUUGAAACCUUUAUUGCGAAUCAAAUUCGCCGAUCAAUUAUAUGAUAGAAAAGAACAGUGCAAGUUUAAAACAAAUGCGUGCGAGCGCAAUAAAUUCUUCAUCAUCGUAUCGAACACACUUUGUAAUGAGACCACUUGUUUUAAUCAUUUAGGUCACUGGUUUCCCUGCAUUCAGAAUACUGAGAUACAACAGUUAAUCAAAUCAUAGACGUAGGAAUUACAGAGAUAAUUGGAGAUGGGCAGGUCACUUGACAAGAUGUCAAGAAGGGAGACGGACAAGAAUUGAUACCGAGUUUCAGCCAAGAUUAGAGAAAAGGGUUUGAACAAACCGCUUGGUACCUACAGUUUAUGUCAGCAAGGGCUCAAAAGGGAAUGGUUUGUAAAAGAAUCAGCAAUGGAUGAUUGUGAGCUAGAAUAGAAGGACUAUCACAACGUGACACCCAUUAUCAUAAAGUCCACUUGUCGUUUGUCAUAUCCUUGAUUAGUAGAACUCCCAGUUUUCAAUGAGCUCUGUUUGACUUCUCUGUAAAAUUACUUUAACAGUAGGGGACUUAGUUUUAAGAAAUUGUAUAAAUAUUAAAUGAAAAUAUUUAAUGGUUCCUGCCGUAAGCUUUUUAAUCCAUAGGGCUUGAUUGAGUAAGGGUACUGAAGGGUGGAAUUUUAAGGCUUCUGAUAGACGAUGUGGGUGCGAAAAACGUACGGUUUUAAAAGCGAAUAGUGAGAUAUAGCAGAAAGCGAUAUGUAGGUCUUAUUUACCGGAGAAACCGUUAUACGGCAAAAAAAGGAAUUUAUGUGUACAAAUUACUCAAUCACAACAAGAUCCACAUGUAAUACAAUAAAAAAGACAAUACAAAUUAAUAAUAAAAGAAACAUGUCUAAUAGAUCCUUUGCUCGGUUACUGAGGACCAGGGUUCGAAAUUAUCUAGAUAUUUAUAUUCUAUGAUAUUUAUCAUGACAAUUCUGCCGUCCACUAACUAAAACGCAAUUAUGUGACAAAUGGUGAAAUAUGCGUUUUAAUUAGUAAAAAAUAAAGCACAAAAUUCUCUUUUAAAUAGAGGUAAAUUUAGUUAGAGUGUAGCAUAGCUGAAAUAUCAUUAAACAAUUUCAAUGUACUAAAACUGGGUUAUGGUUUUUUACGAUAUCUCAAAAAAUAUUACGUUACUUAGCCGCGUUUUAGUUAGAGGACGGCAGAAUUAUACAAUAUAUAUCGGAUAGCUAUCGGAUCUUCGCUGAAUCUUAAUUUUUAACCGACUUCAAAAAUGGGAGGAGGUUCUCAAUUCGACUGUUGUUUUAGUAUGUAUGUUACGCGAUAACUCUGGCAUUUGUGAAUUUGUGUGGCGAUUUUAAU